AUGAGUCAAUGCCGAGAGGAAAAUGAAUCAGACCGUCACGGCCAUGGAGAUAACCAUGGGGACCACGAGCAUGAGCAUGACCACGAUGGUCCUGAUAGAGGUGCUGAAAAAUCACUAUUUUCUCAGAUUAAUCAAGAGAACGUGCGAUGUUUAAAUGAGAGUGAACCGGGUGCCGGGAAGAAGGUUAUAAAGCCAUGGCACGAGCGAAAUGAUACAACGAAGUACGUAGAGAGUGAUGCUGACGAACAACUGAUCUUUUUCAUACCAUUCACUGGCAGUGUCAAACUAAAGUCAAUUCUAAUCAAAGGUGGACCCGGAGAUAGCUGUCCGGCAAAAUUAAAGGCGCAAGAUAUUGACUUUAGCACCGCAGAGAGAAUAACUCCGACACAAGAAUGGGAUUUGGUACAAACUGGCGAAAUAGUCGAAUAUCAAACAAAGAUGACGAAAAUGUAUAACGUACGCAAUUUAACAUUAUUCAUUCCCGAUAAUUAUGGUGAUGACCUGACCAGAAUAUCCUUCCUGGGAUUCAAGGGUGAAUGGAUGGCAAUCAGGCAAGAUCCUAUAAUAACAAUAUACGAAGCAACUGCCAACCCAGCCGAUCACAAGACACCUGCCGGCGAGGACAGAAUACAGCAUGGAAUUCAAUAA